CUUAGCUAUAUGCUCUACAGUGUUCAACAACGUUUUCGGGUCUCAAAUCGACUUGCUUGGACCCUUGCCGGGUGGCCUGGCUAUCUUGAAUGAUGUACGGGAGGCGGUCGGCCUCGUACCACUUUUGAGGGAUCGAAAUAUGACAGCCGAGUUAUUGGAUAAAGUGAUUGAGGCAUAUAGGAUGUCUGUCUCUGCCGUAUUUUGGACGCUUGCGGGGAUAGCUGGGGUAGGAUUCUUGCCUUCUCUGUUAAGUAAAGAGAAGUCAUUGGAAAGUGAAGAGCUGGGAAAGCAGCAACUAGAAGAAAAGCGAUAACGGGCCCCUUAAUAUAUAACAUAUUUGCUUGGAAUUUCUUGACUUCCUUAAUAUUAUAUGAAUUUGGCAUUGUAUUAACCUUGAGCACUUACCAUAGGACAGGUACCUAAAAAGUACAUGUAGAUCCUAUUGGGAAACCGUAUUUAGUACAUAUCAUAAAACCUAACUACCUAGGCAAUAUAUCUCAUCUUCGACGGAGCGGGUAUGGAAAUCCAGGGACCUACAGACGCUGGUUCCGAGCGACAAGAGAAGCCUCUCUUAAUAACUUCGUCGUUGCUCGGCCCCCCUCCUUACGUGCUUGAUCCCCAAGACCUCCCGGAUUCAUUCGAUCCGUUUCCUGGCAAGAUUGGCAGCCAAUUUCGGCAGGUCGAUGAAGACACGUUGGUCAAAUAUGGACCCAAGGUCUCCCUAGCCGAAGCCGAAGCCAUGGACUACGUUUCCCAACAUACCAGUAUCAAAUGCCCCAAAGUUCUCGGCGCUUAUGUACUCAACGGGGCAGGUCAUAUCAUCAUGUCUUUCGAGCAUGACAGAGAAGUAGUGAUUGAGCAAAUGCAGCGCUAUAUGAGCGAGAUGCGUAGCAUUAAGGGUGACUAUGUAGGCGGAUUUAAUCGUAGCCCUUGCGUGGCGGGCGAAUUUCAAUGGGAUUUUUAUCACAGCGACCAUAAGUACGGCCCUUAUCCCGAUGAAUUUGGAUUUAACGAAGGGAUCAUGGAAGCUUUGUCGCGAGCUAGUCCUGGAUCUGAUAAUAUGGAUCCCGAAUCACGGGAAUAUAACGAAAGAUAUGCGAUUCGGCAACUCGUGCACUCUCUCCGCAACCACGAGAUUGUAUUCACGCAUGGAGAUCUGAAUACCGGGAAUAUACUCGUACAGGAUGAUAUGACGGUGGUUAUCUUGGAUUGGUAUACAGCAGGAUUCUACCCGGCCUACUGGGAGUGGUAUAAAGCAACCUGGCACGGCCUAUUUCAGCCAAGUUUCAUACGCCAGGUAGAACGGUAUAUUCCACCUUAUUGGCUUGAAACCAAUAUCAUGAAUCAGAUGUUCAAUAAGAUCCUCGGCUAG